AUGAUAGCCGAUGUUGAAGAUAAUAAUAUUAAUAAUAAUAAUAAUAUAUUUGAUGAAAUCGAUGAUGAAGAUUGGAUAUUAGAAAAACCUAUAUCUGUAUUUGCUUUGGAUCCAGCUGAUCGACGUGUUUUAAAAGUAGCUGAUCAACGUGAUGCUGUACAAAAGAAAACAUUUACAAAAUGGAUUAAUUUUCAUUUAUCAAAACGACAAGGUUUACAUGUUGAUGAUUUAUUUGUUGAUUUACGUGAUGGACAUAUACUUAUAUCUUUAUUAGAAUUAUUUACCAAUCAAACUCUUCCCCGUGAAAAAGGUACAUCAAAAUUUCAUGCUUUACAAAAUGUUGAACAGUGUCUUCAAUGUCUUGAACAAGAUCAUAAUAUUCGUUUGGUUAAUAUUCGACCAGAAGAAUUAGUUAAUGGCAAUCCUAAAUUAACAUUAGGACUUAUUUGGCGUAUUAUUCUUCAUUUUCAAUUUUCCGAUAUAACUUUACCAACAACUGAAGAGAACAUUCCAGUAAAUAUUAAACAAACUAUAGCACCAAUUACAAUAAUUCAACAACCGGCAUCAUCUUCACAAAUUAAACCUGUGAAAAUCUCUUCAAUAUCUUCUACAACUCAACGAAGACCAUCAUUUGAUCAAAUAUCAACGAAUUAUCGUAACAUGUUAUUAAUAUGGGCUCGUCAACAAUGUCAAGGUUAUCCAGGAAUUUAUAUUGAAAAUUUUACACAUUCAUGGCGUAAUGGACGAGCAUUUCUUGCUAUACUUCAUCGACAUAAUCCAAAAUUAAUCAAUAUAAAAGAUGCUUAUCGUAAUUCUCAUCGAGAAAAUUUAUCUCGAGCUUUUGAUUUUGCACAAAAGCAUUAUGGAAUUAUGCAAUUAAUCGAUCCUGAAGAUGUUGACACUGAUGAACCUGAUGAAAAAAGUAUUUUAUUAUAUAUUGCACAUUUAUAUAAAGUUUGUACAACAUUACCAAUUCAUCCAUUUCAACAAGAACAUGAUCGAGUUAAUCUUGAAGGUGAAUUAGCAUAUGAAUACACAAAUUUAGCGUCGGAUCUUCUUCAAUGGAUAAAAAU